ACCGAUUCCGAAACCGGUUCCCACCCAGCCCCACCGCGGACGGUUUGUUUACAUUUCUCACGAGUUUUUUUGCUCUUCAAAACAUAGAAAAACGGUAGUAAAACAAAAUAACCUAAAGAAAACACAAACAUCUUGCGAAGUACUCGUGGAGAGUGUGGGUUGAGAUUAACAAGAUGCAGCUACUGGCUGGCCCCACCCUGGCAGCGUCACGUCGGCUGUGCUCCACCCCGGGCUUGGUCUUGUCUCACUGGUCACUGAAUGGCUUCCACGUAUCCACUGCUAACCCUGAAAACCUCUUCCAUGAGGUGAAGGACAAGGAAUCUGGGAAGGUACGCAGGAUUGCCUACAACAAGACAUCAGGCCCUCGGUCACAUGGGUUGUUGUACAUUCCUGGCUUCAUGGGACACAAGGGAGGAGGAAAACCAGUGGCCCUGCAUUCCUUUAGCCAAAAAUAUGGAUUCCCUUUCCUGAGGUACGAUCCCUCAGGUUUGGGAGAGUCAGAGGGAAUGACUAAAGCAGAGACCAGAUUCUCCAUUUGGCUGGAAGAUGCGAAGGAAAUGCUUCUUAAUGUGGCAGAAGGUCCACAGAUUGUUAUUUGUUCUUCAAUGGGCUGCUGGAUCACCUCCCACUUGAUACAGAUGCACCCAGAGAAGUUUGCUGGCAUCCUCAUGUUGGCGCCAGCUGUCAACUUCCACAGCCGCUAUGAGAAGGUGCUGCGCGCUCAACUCACCCCAAAGUUGUUGCAGAAAUUUGAGGAGGGUGGAGUGGUGCCCCUAUACGCCCCAGAUUACGGGGAAUUCCCUCUCACUAAGGCCCAUUUUCAGGAUAUGAAGAAAUUUGCUCUAACCCGAGAACCUGAACAAAUUCCUGUCCCUGUUCCUUUAAGAAUUAUUCAUGGGGUGAAGGAUAAAGAUGUGCCAUACACAGAAUCCUUGCCACUCAUGCAUUCCUUCAAGACCGAGGACGUGCACCUCUCUUUCUUGAAGCAUGCUGGCCACACCCUCGUUGAUAAGCUGAGCCUGGAGUUGAUCUAUGAUACCAUCCUCAAGUUGGCAGCUGAGGUGCAGCAGAGAAACACACAAUGAUGGAAGUGCUCUUCAGUGAAUGGGAGGGUAGAGUGGUAGAGGUAGUGGUGUUCCUUCAAAGUUGAAGAGAGAGGGACUUGUGGGUGUUAGUGUAGAUGCUCACGGCUUAUCAGGCAGAGGAGAAUUGAUGUAGUUUGUCAUGAAGAUUAGGUAUGCCGGUGCCUGUUUCUUCCUCUGUUCAACUUAAUAUCCAUUGGGCUUUCAACUUGUAAGUUAAACACAAAGGGCUAGUCACUGUUUUUCUCCAUCCAGCCUGAUUUCAGAUUCCAUUGGACUUUCAACUUGUAUUUUAUUUAAGCACAAAGAACAUGUCACUCCAUUUUCCUUUAUGCAGCCUAAUUUCAGAUUCCAUUGGUGCUUUUAACUUUAAUACUAUAUGGGUUAGUUAUAAUAAUUCACUCCAUUUAACCUAAGUUUGAAUUCUUUUAGGUUUUCAGAUUUUAUUCUACAUGGGGAGUUAGAAUUUCCUCCACUCAGCCUAACGAGUUUUUUUUAGGUUUUCAAACUUUUAUUCAUGGAUAAGGAUAAUAGAUGUAUAUACCAGUAGGUGCUUAUGUUUUACACUGAAGUGCUGUGUGUAGACCUGGCUUCUGGCAGCUUCCCUGUGGUUAUCUGUUCUUUAAAAAUGUGUGGGGAGGUGUGAGAGUGCAUAGAUGUAGAAUGCUUGGAUGAAAAGAGGAGGUUGUAUGAGAGAGCAGUAGUGAUUACAUUGACAAGAGAGAAGAGGUUAUAUGUAAUGGAAAAGAAAUGUAUUAGGAACAUUAUGGGAGUAACUCAGAUGAAUAGAGUGAGAGGUGAGGAUCACAAAAGUGUUGGAAGAGAUAAAGCUACUUGAGCAGAGCAAGUAGUGUUAGUGGUUUGUGGAGGUAGAGAGAAUGGAAGAAGAGCAAUUGAUGAACAAUUUUACUGACAGGUUAUGAAGGGACAAAAGUAAGGCUGAGAGGAAGGCCAUGAAUGGGAUGGAAGGACAGUGAGAGUGUUACUUGUAAGGAGAAUAUCUGUGGAGCAAGAAAGAGUGGUGGUGAUAGGAAUGAAUGGAAAGGCAGACCACAAAUGAAAUGGAUGGACAGUGUUGUGAAUAGAUAAGUAGUGAUGUAACUUUGAGGACAUUAAUGGAAGUGGUUUGUUGCAUCUGGUGUGAUCAGCUGAUGAGAUCAGAUGCAGGAAAAGGGAUGGAUCUAUUAUACAGGGUGGCCCAAAAGUCUUGACACUAAUAUUACAGGUGCAUCAUAAAUUAAUUUGCUAAAAUCAGCAGAUAAUAAGUUAAUGUAUCCAUCAAGUUCAUGUGAAUUUUGCAAAACACAUCAAACUUCACAUCACUAAUCAGAAACAUGUUGAUAUUAGUGGAUAAAAAUGAUAAAGAAUAUACAUUUCUCUCUCUGUCAAGAAUCUUGGAUCACCAUGUAGUAAAGCAAGAAUAAGUCAUAUCUGUCUUGGCCUUAAUUCUGAGAUAUUAAGAGCCUGUAUUUUGAAACACCUAGGGCUCUUAUAAGGAACACUUUCAAGGACCAUAAUUUAAUAGAGGACAGACACUGAAACAUUUGAGAAUUUGGACUUUGGAUGGCUGUGUAACUUCAUUUUGCACAGUAUAGUCAGUCAGGCUUGGCUGUUUUCCUAAACUUAGAAGCUUAGAGAAUUGGGCCAAGCAAAAUAUGUAAAUAUAAUUAAAUUAUUUAUUGUUUUUAUUAAGGGAGAAAUUAAGAAGAAGAAUUGUGAACAGUG